CUUCAGUCAGGAUGGGGCAUAACAAACAUGGCGUGGAAAGGAUGUGUUGUCAAGUGGGCUAAAGCUGAGUUUAUUAAACGCACAGAUAGUAUUUCACGAAGCUCAAGAAUUAACUACUACAACCAACAGAGGUGUGGUUUCUGCCAAGAAGCUAAAAAGCCAAAAACCAGGAAAGGAAAUGUCACCCAACAAACUAAACCCUCUCCUCCUGGGGCUGGCACAACAGAUCCCCCACCUCCUCCAAUACUCAGAAGACCAACACUUUUUAGACCGCUAAUGUUCACAGUUGGGUUUACAGGCUGCUCCUUUGGCGCAGCAGCCAUUCUGCAGUACGAGACCCUAAAAUCAAGAGUCCGGACUGCAAAGGAUGGAGAGGAGCUGGAGAAACUCGUGCUGGGCUCCCAGGACAUGGCAUACUGGCACGACUGGUGGAACCAACUGUCCGGCUUCCAGAGACAACUCAUCCUUCUGGUGUCCAAAGUGGACGACUUCUGGAACAGUCUCACUGAGGGACAAAGGACAGCCACUGGCAUUAUCGCUAUAAAUGCUGCAAUUCUGUGCUGCUGGCGGAUCCCGUCCAUGCAAAGAACUAUGGUCAAGUACUUCACGUCCAACCCAGCCUCCAAAACACGAUGUCUUCCUAUGAUUCUGUCUUGCUUCAGUCACUACUCCAUUUUCCACAUGUUGGCCAACAUGUACGUCCUAUGGAUGUUCUCCUCUGGAAUUGUUUCUCUCCUAGGGAGAGAGCAGUUUCUUGCAGUCUACCUUUCUGCUGUCGGGUGCUGUCAUGGCAGUACUCGCUGCAGUCUGCACAAAGGCGCCAGAGGCCGAAUUUGGCAUAAUCUUCCUUCCAAUGGUCACUUUCUCAGCAGGGAAUGCUCUCAAAGCACUGGUUGCUAUAGAUACAGCAGGGCUCAUGUUGGGAUGGCGAUUCUUUGAUCACGCUGCUCACCUCGGUGGGGCGCUCUUUGGAAUAUGGUAUGUGACGUAUGGUCACAAGCUAAUAUGGACAAAGAGGGAGCCUCUUGUGAAGCUGUGGCAUGAUGCACGUUCAUCCGGCUCCAGAGGAUCUGGGUCAGAUAGUGGAGGACCUGGGCAUCAGUAAAAUCCCUGGAAACAUCUAAAGGAGGAGACAGUGUUUAACUUAAUUUUUAGGAUUUACAAAGACCUUUUAUUCAUUGUUUUUGAGUGGGAUGUUAUAUUUCAAUAAUAAACAGUUUUUAAUCCAAAGUUA